GGCCACUUUUCCAAACGAGAGACGAUAGCAGUUUCUGCAGUUGCUUUACAGGAUCAUAUAAUACACAGUCAUCGGCUCCAGGAUCUUUCAUUAGCAGAUCCUUUUAAAUCAAGGACAAGGAAUAUCAAGAAUGUUUACAAACCUGUGAACAAAGAAAUGGUCAGAGCAGUAGUAGAUACUGGACUAAGAAAAAAGACCACUGGCCACAAAACCAAGGAAGAUGCAGAAAAGGAGUAUGUUCUUGACCCCAGUUCUCCACAGCUAACAUUAGCUCAGAAAUUAGGCCUGGUUGAGCCUCCUUCUUUGCCACUAACUGCUGAAGAAUGGGUAAAAGUAAAGCAGAGAUCCAUACAGCACGGAGACUCUAUACAGCCUUGUGCAAUAUGCAGGGAAGAAUUUGCACUUCAACCUCAGGUGCUGCUUUCAUGUUCCCAUGUAUUCCAUAAAGCAUGCCUGAAAGCCUUUGAAAAAUUUACAGGUAAGAAAUCUUGUCCUAUGUGUAGAAAAGAGCAGUAUCAGACCAGAGUAAUACACGACGGGGCACACUUCUUUAAAAUAAAGUGCGCUAUUAGAAUUCAAGCUUCCUGGAGGGGAUAUAUUGUUAGGAAAUGGUAUAGAAACUUGAGAAAAACAGUGCCUCCUAAAGACAGCAAAUUAAGAAAGCAAUUCUUUGAGAAAAAGGUUCAACAGAUCAGCAAUCGACUGUUGAGUUCUUACAACAUCAACCUGGAUGAAUUUUUUUCUGAAAUAGAUUCUGCUAUAGCUGCAAGUCGAGAAAUACUUCAGCAGUUGGAAGGAAAAGAAAUAUUAAUAAGUGAAACUGACUGGGAGAAGAUCCAGAUGCAGGCAUUGCAGCAAGAGAUACCCAACUGUCCUAUCUGUAUCAUGCCACUCAGUCCUGCAGUUCAUCCUGACUGCCUCUUGUCUGGUAACUGCAAUCAGUUUUCACGACAGACUGUUCUGCUGUCUUGUUCACAUUUGUUUCAUCAUACCUGUCUUCAAGCAUUCGAAGAGUUUUCCCUGGGAGAGCGACGUAUUUGUCCUUUAUGUCGCUCAUAUUAUCAAAAGAAAAUCCUCAAAUGCUGA